AUGCAUUGUCUAGGUGACCCCGAACACCAGCAGCAAGCCGCCCACUCACGACGGGCACGGCCACCCGAUCUGGACCUUAUAGCUGGGGAAGAAAGCAAGGUCCCGCUGCGCGCGCAGACGGAGAGAUUGCACCGGCGGCGUUCUAGGUUGGCCUUGAGCGGCCUGUUCGGUCGGCAUAAGCCCGUCAAGGAUCCGGAACCUGUUGAGCUAAAGGAGCCGCCGCCGAGGUCCGGUGGAAUUCGGGCGUCGUUGGCUGGAAUCGGCAACUGGCCCUAUGGGCUCAAUGGCCAGCGGUCAGAAUCCGCGCUUUCGUCUAUUCCCCAGCUCUCAGAACCGGCAGCGAAGUCUCCGCUGGCGAACGUGAACGUGAAGCCCAAGAAGCCAACUAGCACAGUCAGACCGCAGCCAUUACCCAGGCCGACCCGAGGUUCUUUGGCCACAUGGGACCCGCCGCCAUUGUUCCAGUCAUACCCCCAGGCCAUCAAGCAUGCCCGUCUACCAGCCCGCACCCUCACAGCUGAGGCCCUUCUUAAACUCCACAGCCAGAAGGGUAGCGUGUCCCUGAGAGAGGGUCUCAACCAGAGCUCACUGAACUUGGAGACCAUCGAGGAGUCCGCAGCCGAGAAGUCCGACAGGUCGAAGAAGAAGCACCGGCGCAACACUUCGGCCUCCUCGCUCAAAGCCGACUGGACCACCAAGAUCUACGUGCUUGUUACGUCUGGAUAUCUCCUCCAGUAUUGCGGAGAGGGGUCAUUUGAUCGGCUUCCCGAGAAGGUGCUGCAACUCGGAAAAGACUCGGCGGCAUUUGCUAGCGACGUGAUUCCGGGGCGGCAUUGGGUCCUACAGGUGUCUUCUAUCGCCGAGGCAGACGGUGCCGCGUCUGGGCAGUCGACGUCUUUGUUCUCCCGACUUCCAUUCCGGGGCGCUGAGAGGAGGCACGCCUCCAACUUCUUGAUGGUGUUUGAGAGUGCCGAUGAUAUGGAUAGUUGGAUCGCCACCCUAAGACGCGAAAUCGAGGCACUAGGAGGAAAGAAGAAUCUGUCCGAGACGGGCAAACCAAAAGUUGACGAUAUGGUCCUGCAGUUGCGAGUCCAGACUAGCCAAAGGACGCUAGUGGUCAAGGACCCCGAUCGGUUCUCGCGAAGCAUAUCUCACUUGCCCUGGGAUCCCCCGGCCUCAAUGACCAGCCCGGAUAUUCAUAUAGACGGUUCUGAUAUGGAUGCAGCUCGCGAACAGUCGUUUGACGAGACAUCCACAACCAGCGGGAUCUCGCAAGAUGGCCGACAGCUCGAUGGUCUGAGGGACAGCACGAACCGCCUCUCGUUCAUCUCGUCAGGACAGCGGACGAUGGUUACAUCUGCUGGUUCCUCCCCGGCCUGCUCCCCUACCCGCGACAGCUUCGCGAGCCAACCUGAGGAGUUGACGUUAAGGGAUAUUCCACCCCCCGCCGAAGCUCAGCUCCGGGUCCUCCCACGGCCUAAUGCCUCGGUGAUCAAUGACCGCAGGCAGUCGAUGCAGGCAAUGAAUCAUAUGUUCGAUAUGCGGCUUGGAUUGGGAGGGAAUCGGCCGCAUUCUACCUACGCCAACUCCCCGCCAGCUCAGACGACUAUUCCUAAUUUUAGCGUUCCUCACUCCGCGGGGAAGCGGUACUCGUUAAUUAAGCCUUCGCCCCAGGACCACGCCUCACCAGCGUCUCCGCUCUUUCAGUUGCGUGCGCCGCCGGCGAAGCCAUUCCGCCGACCGCCCUGCUCAGCACUAUCGAUCAAUCCACGACCACUAUCGCUCGUCGAGGACCAGCCGUCACCGACAGCGUCGCCGGAGUCCCGUAACAGACGCAUUAUUCGGCAGGAGGAAAUGCGAGCGCCAGAUACCCCAUCGAUGUUCUCGACUUGGGCACAGGAAAGCAGCCACGAUGGCCAGCUCGGCAGCUCGGACUUACCUUCGCGGUCCCCCAGCCCAUUAUCGCAAGGGGAGAACAGGAUUCAAGUUACAGUACACGGCAGUCCUCGAAAACAUGCUUCUAUGACUACUAUCAGACCUUCGGAUAUGGAACCCGGGCAGAGAGCGGAGACCCGAAUCUUAGUCCUGCCGGAAAAGACCCCGAUGUCAUCAGCACCCUCGGCUUCGGCCACUCGAGCGUCGGCCGAAAUUCCUCGGUCCAAAUCGGCCAUGGACAGCUACACGCGUAGCCGAUCCCCGCCUCCGACUUCAGCAAAAAUUUCCAGGCACCAAAAGCACAUGAGCCUGAACUCUCCUAUCUCCGACGCCUUCCCUCGUUACUCAAUGGCCGAGUCAGAUCUGACGGUGACCUCGGUCGAUUCCCAAGACUUGUUGAGCGGGCCCAUCAGUCCCAACUUUAGGCCUCGGUCCAUGGCCCCCAGAAUCUCAACAUCGAACCAACAUCUCAGGAUCGACUCGUUUUCCCGGGAUCUCCCAAACCGGCGCAGCAUGUCCCAGCUGGUAGAGGGCCCUCCGCCAGCUCCUCCACCAACAUGUGCCCUACCGCCUAUUCCACGCAAGGUCUCCUGA